UCAGUUUCAGUAGCAGUUCGAGUUCGAUUCGGACAGCUAAUGGCAUCAACAUAUCGUAAAAUAAAAAGUUUAGGCCCGGCCAAAAUCGCUCCCAAUCGAGAAACCAAUUCGCCCCUAAUGAACUCCAUUUUGGCUGCUAAGUGUUGACCAAGUGACUUUUGCUGGUUUCCAUUAAGGACAAAUGGGGAAAACAAUCAAAGUAAUUGGAUGUGCUGGAGUCGGCACUCUGCUCAUAUUGCUGCUGCCUCUUUGCCUGAUCCAAAAUUAUAGUGCACCAAGUGGUAAUGGUCACUCGAAUGUCUCGCACACAGUGGUCAUCACACCUGCUCCUGCUCCCGCUGGCCCACUUGAAUCUGGAAGGGAUGCGAUGUUGCGACUGCAUCGCCAGAAACGCUACCUGCUCUUCCCCGAGGGCUCGUCCUUUCAGCUGGUGUUCGACAUCAUCAUACCCAUCAUAGACUACACCAACUACGCCAUCCUGGGCAUCACCUGCUCCGUGGCCUGGGAGCUGCCCAGUAAGCCGCCCAGCGAGCUGAUUGAAAACGUGCUCACGCGCAUCAACGACGGCACCAUCGGCACUGUCCGCCGGAACGGCAGCGUACCCGAUCCAGAACCUGACCCUCCAUCCCAGCCCCUAACCCACUCGCAGAACCUGGAACUGGACAAUCGAGGAGCAGACACGGCUAAUUGGCAGGCAGUGCACGCACCGCCGGCGAAUCCACCGGCAUAUGCGGCCAAUGAGCAUGACUCCCACUCGUAUUACACGAAUAUCCAGCGCAUCCCGGCCGCUUACCCAUAUGCAAAUGCAAAUGCGAAUGCGGAUGCAAAUGCAAAUGGACAGCAGAGCCAGGCGGCGAUUCCUGCUAAUUGGCAUGCGCGACAGUCGCCCGCUGAGUGGCAGCAAAGGGUGAAGACGACGGGCGCUGACAACUGGUGGACACGAAAUGGACAGCGAGUGCAGCAGAACUGGCGAGAAAAACAGCGCAUAUGGGGCCCCUCGAAGUGGGACUAUGCCUACUCCCAGCGACCCCGAGAAGUGCUACGAGCACCACCCAAACAUCACAUAUAUCCCGUUUUCGCUCGGCGGAGGAGGCGACGCAGUCUUGAUCAGGAUGCCCACUUCGAGCGACUCCACCUGCAGCAGCAUCUCAGCUCGAGGCAGCUGCUCUUUGGCAAAAUCGAACGCCUGUACAAGUCGCGACGACUAAAUGGUACCUCCUGUGUGCUCCGCGCACUCUGCGAGUCCUCCCAAAGGCAACAGCAUGUCCUUCGAGGGACGAAUGCGGUCAGGCCACAAAGCUUUAUAAUGGAAAUACUCUCGGCCAUCUUUCAAUUGCCCAGCAGCGAUGACGUGGAGGAGCUGGAGGAACUUGAGCUAAUGAUUUCCCCUAAUUAUCUGGAGGCACAUCGGCAGAAGGGCAACUGUCGGCAAAUCUACGGUGACUGUAAUCACACGUUCUGGUUGGAUUGAACAUAAAAACACAAUAAAAGUCUGGGAAUUAUGUG